AUGGCACUGAAUUGGAUGGAUCCCGGCUCGGAGGAGAGGGCAGUCACGGCUGAGUUUGUGCAGUCUGACGAGGCUAGGGAGCUUCGUCCGGCGUUCAAAUCGCCACCGACGAGCAAGGGAUGGGAUGACCUCACAGAGAGUCUACUCACAGCCGAGAAGGACUACGAGGAUCAGGGCAAAGACAGAUGGCGUCGAAUUUGGUACGGACUUGGUGACAAAGCUGAUGUGACGACGCCAUGGAUCGAAAUCAUCCCGAACGAGUACGGUCUGGCAAUUGUAAAAACCGGCGUCGCCUUGAUUCUGAAACUGGCGAGGAAAUUCCUGGAAAAGCGAAAGAAGAUAUUACAGGCUUUCGAAGAGAUCCGAAAAGCCAUGACAUCGGCUAAUCCACUCAAGGGCAGCUUCCGAUCUCAUGCUGACGUGGCUGUCGCCCUGGAUGACCUAUAA